GCGCGCCAUUAAUAGCCACGGCACAGGCCGCCGCCACGACGGGGCUUGUGCCAAGAAGGAGGCGGCAGCGCCUGGCAGAGAGGAGCCAUGAGCUCGGCGAGGAGUUCCGAGUCUACGGCGCUGGAGCGUUUCCAGAGCCCGGGCAAAGGCCGGGGGCUGCGGGCGCUUCGCCGCUUCGCCGUCGGGGAGCUGCUCUUCUCGUGCCCGGCCUACACGUGCGUGCUGACCGUCAACGAGAGGGGCAACCACUGCGAGUGCUGCUUCGCCAGGAAAGAAGGCUUGUCCAGGUGUGGAAGAUGCAAGCAGGCUUUUUACUGCAACGUAGAAUGCCAGAAACAGGACUGGCCCCUGCACAAGCUGGAAUGCUCGGCCAUGUGUGUGUUUGGGCAGAACUGGAAUCCCUCAGAGACUGUGAGACUCACUGCAAGGAUUAUUGCCAAACAGAAAACACACCCUGGAAGGACUGAGUCAGAAAAGCUCCUUUCUAUAACAGAGUUUGAAUCCCAUCUCGAUAAGCUUGACAAUGAAAAGAGAGAGUUGAUUCAGAAUGACAUCUCGGCUCUCCAUCACUUUUAUUCAAAGCAUAUAGAAUACCCUGACAAUGCAGCUCUUGUGGUCCUUUUUGGUCAAGUGAACUGUAACGGCUUCACAAUUGAAGAUGAAGAACUUUCACACUUGGGAUCAGCGAUAUUCCCCGAUGUGGCGCUCAUGAACCACAGUUGUUGCCCCAACGUGAUUGUCACCUACAAAGGGACCGUGGCUGAAGUCAGAGCUGUGCAGGAGAUAGAAGCUGGCGAUGAGAUUUUUACCAGUUACAUUGACCUGCUAUAUCCCACAGAAGAUAGGAAUGAUCGAUUAAGAGAUUCCUAUUUCUUCACUUGCGAUUGCAGAGAGUGCAUUACUAAAAAAAAGGACAAAGAUAAACUGGAAAUCCGCAAGCUGAAUGAGCCUCCAUCAGCAGAAGCCGUGCGAGAUAUGAUCAAAUAUGCCAGAAAUGUGAUUGAGGAAUUCAGGAGGGCCAAACACUACAAAUCCCCAAGUGAACUGCUCGAGGUUUGCGAGCUUAGCUUGGACAAGAUGGGCGCUGUGUUUGUCGAAAGCAAUGUUUACAUGCUGCACAUGAUGUACCAGGCUAUGGGAGUCUGUCUGUACAUGCAAGACUGGGAGGGUGCUUUGCGCUACGGGCAGAAGAUUAUCAAACCAUACAGUAAACAUUAUCCUUUAUAUUCCCUCAAUGUGGCCUCCAUGUGGCUGAAACUGGGGAGACUUUACAUGGGCCUGGAAAACAGACCUGCUGGCGUUAAGGCUCUCAAGAAGGCAAUUGCCAUCAUGGAGAUAGCACAUGGGAAAGAUCAUCCAUACGUUAUAGAGAUCAAAAAGGAAUUAGAGGCCCACUGAGUCUUUGAAUCUAUGCAAUCCUUCAACCUUUCUUUAAAAGCCUUGCUAUGGAAACUUCAGGAGUGCUUUGAAAAUUGACAUGGGAUGAAAGCUUUUCUGUAAAAUAAUUGGAAUGACAAACAUGUGGUGCACCCGGGCCUUACCUCUUGCAUUCUCUGAGGUUGAUGUGAAAUAUCUUGAGCCUUAAUGAAUUAAUUUUGAAUGCUUUUCCCCCACUAAGGAAAUGCCACGGUUUCAUACAGCUAAUGCCUUUGAUUGAUCAUGUGCAGAGAUGACCAAUUCUUUUCUCUACAGAUUUUAAUGUACUAUGUAUCUUAGCCAUGCAAAGCAAUUAAUUAAAAUGGGACAGCCUUGCUUGA